AAGUAAUUUUAUUUUACUUUAAUCUUAAUUUUUGCUAGUUCGCUUAAGCCUGGAGGUUUGGUGUGUGUGUGUUCAGAAAAGCCGUGUGUUACCUCGCAUUUACUAUCAUCACGAACUAAUAUCCCUAUAUACGUCCGUGCUAUAAUGAGUCUGUUCGUUUAUUUGAAUAUGUUUCGUUGGAGUUCCUCUAGACAUUCGGCCCUGUCAUCCAUUUCUUCUAAAUUGUGGACAAGCAGCCCGGGAAUUACACGCAGUGUCCUGCACUUGAAACAUUGUAAGAGCUUACAGCUUCGCUCUUCAUCAUCGAGUCUGAAACCUCGUCUGCCCUUUGAAAUCGACACGAAUGUACAGAACGAUGUACUGGUGUACUCAUUAAAAAGUGAUCGUUUUUUUAAGAUGUUGAAGUAUUUUGGAUGUAUACAGUUUGCAUUUUGGGCAUACCUUGGACUGUUCUCUUUUCAAAACUUGCGAGAUGCACCAGAAGAUACAACAGCAAUCAACUCGUCCUGGUGGCGUAGAAUAGCAGCGAAAGAAAGCAAGUAUAAAAAUGGAAUCAGCGUACUUUGCUUUGGAUUGGGAUACAUUAUUUUAUGCAUCAGCAUACUGUAUCCAAUGAGAGCAGUAAAGAAACUGUGGCUUUUGAAAGGAGGAACUGCUGUUCGGGUGGACACAUAUUCUGCCUUCAAACGAUCACAGACAUUGACAGUACCCACUAGAAAUGUGAGCUGCCUUCAGUCACGGAAAGAUGCAGCAGCACAAAUUGCCAUGAAGAUAAGAGGCAAAUGGUUUUUCUUUCUGUUGGAUAAACGAGGAGUUUUUCACAAUGCAGAUCUGUUUGAUUAUGCAGUAGGGUUGUCAAGAAAUGUGAAAUAGACAAAAUGGAACAAAUUUGAUAUUGACACGUUUCACCAAUGUGCCAUACUAAAACUGGGAGGCGCUUCAACUUAGCAUAACAAGGCCUGGAGCUAAUUGUAAAUUAAGAAAAUAAAUCACCUGGUUCAACCGGGGUAGUUUAUUAAUGAUACAUGGCUCCCCUUUGUUCAAUCUGCUCAGCACUGCUUUUUGACCAACUAUCAGAUCUUGCACUUGUACAUUUGAUACCCCUGUUCAAAUACCUUCUUCCUAUAACUCGCCUGUUUGUCAACGCUCUCAAUACCAUACAAGCAACUGCCAUAAACAGUCGCGAAGGAACUCAAUAAAACAUCUUAGGAUAAUGGGUCUCAUUUAUGAGUUGUCAUUGAAAACAAAUCCUUCCAAAGCAAUAUGUCAUCAAUUUUACCUUCUUGUAAUGUACAACACUUCAACAAGAGCAGAUUCCUUUGUAUUAUUCAUUCCACCCCUUUCCUACUUUCAGCACCUUUCACUCUGCGACCCUAUGAUUGAGUGGAAGCGAACAGUACCCUGAUUCUCAUUUCCAUAAUUCACCCUUCCCUUUAAAAGGCAAAAGAGAGAUAGUGUUCGUUAAUAUCUGCCUUGUUUGCUAUUGCCAAUUAAAAAUGUUUGCAGGGAGUGCAAAA